AUAUAUGCAUACGUACCCUGACUAAAAAUUCUUUUCAAAGCACUGGCCCGAAUCUUGAAAAAGAGUAAUAGUCGAUUUUGGAUGCAGAAGACACUGUUCUAAUCUGUAGAACAUUAACUCAUAAAAUUGAUUCAAUUCAUCUCAAGGUUUGAAUAGAUUAAUCAAUCUCUUCGUCUGUUGCAACAAUUUAAAGAGAAACAAGGGAUGGCAAGCAUGGCUUCAGAUCAAGGCAAGGCAAUAUCAGACGAACUAAACAAGCUCACCGUGGAGCAGGUGAGGCAGGUGAAGGAGCAGGUGGACGGAGAAGUGGGUCUUCUUCAGGACAGCCUAAGCCGUAUUAGAACAGCUGCCAUUCGCUAUGAAAUGGCUGAAAAGGCUCUCAACAAUUUUUCUCAGCAUCCUCAAGGGAAACAGUUGUUAGUGCCCCUGACAGCAUCACUGUAUGUUCCGGGAACUUUAGAUAAUGCUGACAAAGUCCUGAUUGAUGUGGGCACUGGAUAUUAUGUAGAGAAAAGCAUGUCUGAAGGAAAAGAAUACUGUGAGCGAAAAAUAAACUUCCUCAAGGCAAAUCAUGAUAAACUUGUUGAGGUUGCUACGGAAAAGAAAAAUGCAGCAGAUCAAGUAAAUCUAGUUUUACAGGCAAAACUGAGACAAGUAAUGUCAGCAAAAUAGUGAGCAAGUGGACUCCUAGCCAGAUAACAGGUGAAGCUAAAGUUAGCUUUCAUUGAAUGAAAGACUUGGAAGAAUGACUAUAAUUUUGGUAGAAUGCACUCCAAUAAUAUGUAUAGUUUAAACAGAAAUACAGGUUUUCUGGUUUGUUGGAUGUCUAUGACUCUAUUGUGUGUAACUUGAGAAUAUGAUUAGAGAAGAAGGAAGAAUUCAAAUUUGAGUCAAUUUCCUUAUGAACUUUGAGGCUAAAAAUGCCAGCCAUGCAGAUAGCUACAGGCUACAAUUUCUUGCAGCCAUUCAUUGGUUGUGCUUGAAAAACAAAUGCUAAGUUGCAAAUGUUUGCAUUGUUGAGACUCUUGAAGACCAAGUUUUGAGGCAUUUAGUCACGAUUGUUUUCUGAGGGAUGGAAGAUUCUAAUUUUAUUUGUGAAUCUUUAGAAAACAUAUGGGUUGAGCAUAAAAAACAGAUUUCUAUAAUCUUUAGAAAACUGGCUUGAAGGUUCAACAUCAGGCAUCAUAUGCAUUCAAAAUUAGAAAUUACAUUGUAGUCCGGUUGUAAGCAUAAUGUUUGUCUGGAAUUGGUUGCUUGUAGUAAAUUUAUACAAUUCUGUUUUUGUAGGAAUA